GAGGAGCCUUCCCCCGCGACGGCGAGGAGAAGGAAGAAGAAGAAGGAAGCGGGGAGUAUGAGGAGACGCAUCCCUCUCCGGUCGCAGGCCAGUCAGACGGACAUAUAUGACUCUGGAGUAGAACUCAACGCAAAACUAGAACAAAGCUUAAGCUACAUAUCGGAGGUAUCUACGGGGGUUCCCGACGACCAGCGCACGCCCGAGGACCACAAUCUUGCUAAAGGCAUGCUCAUCGCUAUAGCUUACGGAGCUAGCGCAGGAGGCACAGCCACCCUCACGGGAACCCCGCCCAACCUCGUCAUGAGCGGUCUCAUAGAACAGUUUUACGGCGACGCAGCAGGCGUCAACUUUGCCACGUGGUUCUUCUACUCAGCACCCAGCGCCGUCAUCAUCCUCGUCAUCAUCUGGCUCUGGCUGCAACUCUACUUUCUCGGAUGGAGGACGUUGUUUGGAUGCUUCAUCAAGGGACGCGACACGGCAGAUAAAACAGUCGAGGCCGUCAUCAAGGAAGAAUACACAAAACUAGGCAACAUGACGUAA